ACAGUCGAAGAAAUAGCUUCAACUACUGAAGAGAUUUCUGGAAAUUCCACGCAACCACCUUCAGAUUAUUCAUUUAAAAGUACACAGACAAUUUAUAUUAUCCUUACUAUUGUGAAUGGAGUAUUUUUAGUCUGCGUUUUGGCUAUUCUUGUUGGUGCAUAUAUAUAUUUCCGAAAACUGCUAAAAUUAAAACUAGAUGAGUAUGAAUAUGUAGAAAAUCAAGGAAGAAAUACUAAUCCUGACAUGCGAGUAGGCGAUCAUCAGCGGGUAGAAAGAGGUGAAGACAUCGAACUUCGACUUAGUGGCAGACGUGUCGAUGGAUCCAUAGCAAGAGGCCUGUACAGCGAGGAGUUCCACGGAAGUUUUGAUGGCAAAAACCGGAUGACACGUGACAUGUUUCAGACUUCUAAAGACAAAGAAGAAGAGGAAGACCGUAUUCACCGAACUCCUGUAGAAAAGCGAGAUAGAUCAGAAGUUUUUCAGACGAGGGAUGAAAGACCUCAUCGUUCAUUUUUCAAAUCUUCGGAAUCUCAACCUAAAGAAAAAAGAAGAGUCACAUCAGCACUUUACAGAAAUAGAGCGUUUGAAGAAGAAUAAUUGUUCUAGAACUAAAAUGUUUUAACACAGUUCUGAUCACUCUAGACUAUUAACUUCUAACAAUAUUGUAAAUUACUUUCAGUAAAAUAUUCAGGGAAAUAUAAAUAACACAAAAGAUCUUGUUUUUUUUGAAGAAUACAUUUAACAUUUCAUAAUACUUUUCUUUCAAAUACCUACAACCAAUUAAAAAUAUUUGUAAAUUCAUUAAAUUUUAAAGGCACGUAUUGUUAAAAAUGAAAACGGCAGUGUGAGAGCACAAGUUAAUGAGAGUUACGAAACUUUAAAUUCGUACCGUUGAAACUUUAGAGUUCUUUUCAUUGUUUCACUGUGUUUUUAUGUAGAGUAUUUGGAUUUAUAUUAAUAAAUGCUAUCAAGUUUUUUAUUUUAAUGCGUAUAUUGUGUACAUCAUCUAGCUUAUAACCAUUUUAAAAACUGUAUAUAUAUAUA